GGGUAUUAUCAUCGAUACUACUUUUCCAUAACGUUACAUCAAGUUUAGGCACAACAUUUGCUCAGCAAUUCUUAGAUUCAUUUACAUCAUUCAAUCAUCUCAUUUGUAAGAUGAUGUUGACUCCAGAAUCCGAAGAAACGCAAGACGAGGCAAUGGAGACGGUAUAUUCGUCUGAGGUAGAUUCGUCUGAAGAUGGCUCAAUAAACAUUUUGUUACACAAUACUUUACAUAGGUCGCAAGAAAAGUUGAUGGCUGCAGACGAACCCCAUUCAUCCAAUCUCAAUAUACUUCAAUUUGGGAGCAUGAGACCUGUUAUCGGUGGUGACACACUGGAUUAUGAAGAUCAUUGGAAGUCGGAAAGGCCAAGGGACUACGAGUUUUUGAGGAGUGCACUUCGGGAAGAACGAGGAAGUCCUCCUCCUAGCGAAGAACUAUACGAAUCAUAUAAGUCUGCUGCUGCCGCAGCGAAUGGCAAUAAAUCUUCCUUAUUCGAUGCAGUGAAGAUUUUCUUCAAAGAUUGGGACAAUGACAAUGACAAUGGAAAUGGAAAUGGAAAUGGAAAUUAUGGCCAGAUUAUUCAACAGGAGUUCACGUUAUUCGGAAAUCGUGCUGAAAUGGCGGAUUUAAAGUCACCCACGCCGCGUAUUGUCGAAGGAUUUCGAGGCGGCAAAGAAUAUUUAGAGCAACUAUAUAAAAGCUUCGACGGGGCGGCCGAGAUGAUCAGAGACGAACGGACACGAUCAUCAGCAUUUUGCCAUUUUGCAGGGGAUUGCGCGCCCAUUAGUGAUUCAUAUGGCCGCGAAGCCCAUCGUCUGGGAUAUCUAGGGGCGUUCAUGCUUGCAGAACGACGACUAGCUUUUGAGUAUAUGAAGAGAUUCCGCUCUAAUGGGGAAUACUACUGGGGUGACCUGAAAGAAUGUGCCACUGUCUUCACUUUCAUGAUGAAUGAAUCCUGGAUUUCUCUCUCCGGACAUUUUACUCGGAAAAGCUCAAAGAGAAAGCAUAGAUAUGGGAGUUAUCUGGAAUAUCAAAAGUGCGAGCUUUUCUGCUUUUAUACAGAUGUAUCGUAUGAAGUAUUCAAAGAAGCGUGGACAGUACUGAGAAAUACUCAGCAGAUUUCGAAAGAGCGAUCUGUUGCGAUAGCCCUGGAGAUGAAAAAGAGUAUGCACAUAGCAGCUGCAUGGGGAGCUUUCAUUGCAGAGAAGAAAAAUGAGGCAAGAGCGGAUUCUCAGUCGCGAGAUCGGAUGCUUGCUCGCAGGUAUAUGGCUAUUGAGGCAUGGAGGUCUGAGGAAGAGAUGAUUCAAAGUAGGAGAAAUCUUGAUGGGAUGGGGCCGAAGGACAGGGAAGCCUAUUUCAAAUUGCAGGAAGUGAGGUAUGCCUGAGUUUCAAUUGCGUGUUAAAAACAUACGAUAAUCGAAUUCCAAUAGCUAUUAUUCCGUAAUGAACAUAUGCAUUUCUA